GAGCCCAGCGGAGGUGGGGCCGGCCCGGCCCAGCACGCCUGGCACCGCGGGUUAUGGAGAAGCGCGCCGGCGGGGCGGAGGAGAGGCGGCGUGAGAAGAGCCUGUCUGUUUGAAAGAGGAUGAUCUUUGCUGCUUGAAGUGACCGAUUCUCCAUCUCCAUAGUGAACUGUAGAAGAAUGUGGAUUAACCAAAUUCCCUGCUGUCUAUUGGCAGUAGUGCACUUGUGUGUCCUGAACCAAUUGGCCCAGUGUCAGGAAACAGAUCUGUCACACACGCCUCAGAAUUUGACAUGUGCAACACACGACUUCAAAACGGUUAUCUGCACAUGGACAACUGCCUCCACAGCUAGUCAUGGAGUGGAGUAUUCUUUCUGUCACAGUGGCAGGACUUCCUGCUUAACAACAAAGGAGAAAACGGCGCAGAUUGAUAAACUGAUCUCAUUUGCCUCUAAUCAAAUAAAGAUAUCCACCGUGAGUCAGUCUGGAAAAGUGAUAGCCGAAAACACAUUUGAGCUGACUGAUAAGGAUAUUGCCUUUGUCCCUCCCACCCCACUGAUUCACAACCUGACUGCCAACUUCUCAACUGACAUAUUGACUCUGGAGUGGUACGAUGGUGGCUCAGCCUUUCCAAUGGAGAUGGAAGCUACUUGGCAAAUUCAGAUCCUGCGUAAAGAUCCCAUGGAAGAAGUUGCACUAGAGACCUAUCACUCCAACUUAACUCGUGAGGACAGACUCCUCCGGUGGAGCUGGAAAUCCGACCUGGAUUUUCAGUGCACCACACACUACGUCAAGAUCCGCUGUUUUUUCCGCGAGGACACAUAUCCUGGGGACAAGAAGUGGAGUGAAUGGAGCCAGCUCGCAAAUAUUCCCGGGAAUGAUACGGGCUCUUACAGAGCAGUGUUUCCUGAAGACAGAGUGGUGCCAGUAGGUUCCAAUAUGACGUUCUGUUGUGUGUGGAAGAAAGGAGAACACCUGGACUACCUGACGUAUGACAUUCAGGUCUUGAAUUACACUCGACUCUCCAACUGGAGCGUGUCAGGCCACGUCCAAAACGCCAUACCUGGGGGUUCUGGCAAAAAUGUAGUUUGUCGACUGGAUGGGAUUAAAUAUGAAGGAAGCGUUCUCUUUGCUGGCUACCCUCCCGAUGUUCCUCAGAAUUUUAGUUGCGAAACCAGGGACUUGAAAAAAAUAACCUGCUCUUGGAAACGUGGAAGGUCCACUUGGUUAUUCGGCUCAAAAAGAGGAACAUAUUACAGAUUUUCUGAAAGUGUAUCUGGGAUUAAUGUUACACUUUUCCAUAUAAGAUCCAACGUAGAAUAUAACUAUACGAUUCAAGUUCUGAACAACCGGACAGUCUAUAAUUUCACACUCCAAGCUUCCAAUCUACUUGGUCAGUCAGAAGCCUCCCUCUUAAUUGAUAUACGUCGUAAAGUUCAUCCAAGACCACCUUCUCGGUUCACUGUGAGGAACGAAAGCCCAACUAAUGUCACUUUGUCGUGGCACUUGGAUGGCAAUUUUAAGCAAAUCAAGCUGCAGUGUCAGGUUGAAGUUAUUUGCAGGGAGAAACAGAAGAAAAAGACCCUGAAUGUGCUGCUGGAUGGUGCAGAAAACUCCUUUUACACAACCUCCGUGAGCAAGUUGCGUCCCUACACAACAUACACUUUCAAAGUUCGCUGCUCAGCUGCUCCACCCCUCUUCUGGAAGUGGAGCGACUGGGUCGAGAAAACGCAGCACACAACCCUGCAAGCCCCUCCAACGAGAAGUCUAGAUCUCUGGAGAGAGAGAAGUCUUGAUGGUGAGACUGUAAACCUCUUUUGGAAGCCACUACCCGUUUCCGACACAAAUGGGUUGAUAGAGGCUUACGAAGUGUCUUGGUCCCUACCAGAGGGCUCCACUUACAACAAGUCGGUUUCUGCACCUGCCAGCAACACCUCAAUAAAGCUUGGGGGAAAUGAUUGUGCAUUCUCGGUGGUGGCAAAAAACAAGGCUGGCCACUCUCCUCCUUCUCAGAUAAACAGUGCAGAUAUUCCAGUCAGCGAUGCCCCAACAGAGAUCGGAGUUGCCAAAGGAGAUGGCGUUUACGUCGCUUGGGAGCUUGACCCCAACGUCACCUGUGGCUAUACUGUGAGGUGGCGUCAGGGGCCUGAGCCCAGUGCUGCUGUGAAUUGGGAAACGUUUCCAUCAGGCGUGUCAGAUGCUGUGAUCAAAUCUGAUCUCUUUCAGCCAGGAAUCAGAUACAGAUUUUCUGUCCAUGGCUGCAAAGACAAUGGAUAUCAGCUACUGAAGUAUAUAAAUGGCUACACACAAGAGCUGCAACCUAGCGCUGCACCAGUUUUCAAAGUGGAGCGUGCCACUUCAGAUUCCAUCGUCAUAAGAUGGGAGAACAUGUCUGUCGAAGAUUGCCGGGGCUUUUUAAAAGGUUAUCUGCUUCACUUUGGGAAAGGUGACGAAAGCACCACAAAGCCGAAAGCUUUUGAGCCAGGCCACUCAGAGACCUACAUGAAUAUUACUGACUUAAAGCAAAACACCUUAAAAAUAUCAAGCCUUCAAGGGAAAACAAACUACCACCUGAACUUAAGAGCCUACACAGCUGGUGGAAUUGGACCACCAAGCAGCUUGUCUGUGGUUACAAAGGAGAAUUCUGUGGGAUUAAUCAUUGCCAUCCUUGUCCCAGUAAUUAUUGUUAUUGUGUUGGGAGUGGUGACCAGCAUCCUUUGCUACAGGAAGAGAGAAUGGAUUAAAGAAACCUUCUAUCCUGACAUUCCAAACCCAGAAAACUGCAAAGCUUUAGAGUUCCCGAAGGAUCCAGAGGGAAACCCCAAUUCCAAAACCCUGGAGAUGAAUCCCUGUACCCCCAACAACAUUGAAGUGGUUGAAACACAGUCCCCUUGCCUGAAGAUUGAAGAUACAGCCAUUACAUCGCCCGUAGCAGAUGAGCUUCUGGAAGAUGGCGCUGACUCUGACACGGAGAGCCACAUUGUCGUCUCCUACUGCCCGCCAAUCAUCGAGGAGGAGAUCUCUAACCCACCAAUCGACGAAUCGACGGGGUCUUCCCAAGUUGUCUACAUUGACAUCCAGACUAUGUACCCAGCUCCAGUGAAGCUGAAGGAAGACCCAGAAGUUGACUGUGUGGCGGCAGCAGGCUAUAAACCUCAAAUGCAGCUGCCGGUGAAUAGCUUGAUAAAAAUGGAGGACUCGUCGUCCGUCGAAGAGGACUUGGACAAGGCUGCAGGCUACAGACCUCAAGUGAAUACUUCCUCCUGGAAUACAGACUGCCCAGAUUCUCCUGCAUCCACUGGGAGCAACAAUGAAAACACCUCCUUUGGGAGCCCUUGUUCCAUUAAUUCUCGGCAGUUUUUGAUCCCACCCAAAGAGGACGAAGACUCUCCCAAAGCCACCAACACAGGCUGGUCCUUUGCUAACUUCUUUCACAACAAACCAAAUGCUUAGCAGCCUUGAGGUGGUAACAAGUGGCUCUGAAAAGCAGAAAUUGCUGCAGAAAUUGCUUAUCAGCCUUGGAGACACUAUACUGGAGGGUUUAUAAUGUCAUUCGCUGAAAUUGAACGCUGGCCUUGUUUUAAGUUAACAGUGGAAGUGGCAAUAUUUGUUUCAGGCGACAGAGAUGCUAAUUUAUUGUGCCCCAAUGGGGGAACAGGUGCUCUGAGGUAACCCUUUAUGAAACCAAAGAGUAGCAGAAGGUCUGUAUCUGUUGGGGGAGGGGCAGUCCCCUCCUCAAAUCUGCCUUGUCAAUAGAGCAUAGCGCUCUCCUUUUGCGACUAUUUUUUUUCUGGUUUUCCAUUUUGAAUAGCAGGGAGAAAUUAUUACAAAGAUCACGCACUUGGAUUGUUAGGCUUUUAAAGGCAUUGACGCACAUCAGGUAUGUGCAGGAUUAGGGCCUUGCUGCUUCGUCAAAGGUAUAUAUAUUUUCUUUUUUAAUCCGUUUUUCUAUGAUUCUGUGCAACCAAACACUACAGUACCCAAACACUACCAUUUUGCAGUUGCUGGCAGUUUGAAGGCUCCGUUCCUCAACCUGCUCUGUAGAAGCACCUUACUGCUUUCAGGCACAGCAUUCCCUUUGACUUCUAUGGGACUUAAACCGGUUUGUGUGGAAGAGCUCUAUCUUCAAACAGCUGAUCAGCCAUGGCUACAGCUGAUCUGUGGGGUGGCUGAGUUUGACAAGCCAGGACACGAGUUCCUGUACCUACUGUAUAAACCAAUUUGCAAUAGAUGACUCAGGGGUGCAAAAACAAAAAGUGUAACACUGAUUUUAAAAUCUCAGUCAGGAAUAGAUAAAUGUGUGACGCUUCCAGCUUUUUAAGCAAUGUUUUUUAAUAUAAAAUCAUCUUGACCUCAAGUAGUCAUGCUAGGCAGGAAUCCACCUCCCUGACAUGCUAUUUUUUCUUUUCUGUGGGGGCCUUUUUUUGGUUUCUUUGUUGAGGACCAUCUAGUCAUGACAUCCCCCUCCUGCAACCUGAAGUGCAGGGUGAAGGCACCAUUUUUGCAGAGGCAGAUUUACCAUCCUGGGUCUUGGGUCUUUAGCUUUCGUCUUCCAAAGCUCUUCCCCUGCUUGAGCACCGAAAUCAUAAUCAGGGCAAACUCGAGAACGGUUUUCCGUCCAUCAUAUCUGUGGGAAACUGUUACUCAUGGGGGAGUGGCCACCUGUGAAUACAUUUGCAUGUGUAUUGCAAUGAAUACAUUUCCAUGCAAUACAUUUCAUGCAUGAAUACAAUUUUUUUCAUGCAUGGUUAUGUUUCCAUGCAAAUGGAGUUUCCCUCUCCUGAAUUUAUUUGCAAAUAUUUGCCCAGAAAAGAAGUGGAGAGGAUGUCUCAUUUUGUAUACAUAUACUCUGGAAUUUGCACAUUGAAGCUCUUCUUUAAAACCACAACAUAUUUUCCCCCCUGGGUUGCAGCCUUAAAGCAAAGCUAAAUCAGAUCCUUGCAUUUACAGUAUAUUUCUUGCUCAUGCAAGUCUAUAAUUACACACUACUUAUGGAAGUGGCAUUUACAUACACAUAGAAUAAUAUAUGUUUGUGGUAUAUAAACUUAUUUCAGAUGCCCUCAUUGGCAACUGCCUGUUGAACACUUUGUAUGUAGCAAAUUCUUUAGAAAUCGGGUCAAGGGACCAAUGUAAUAGGCCUACUCUGAGCUGCUGAAGCCUACAUGUUAGCUCGACUGUGAUGGGGAUUUUUCAUGGAAUGGUCCUGAGUUUUCCAGCUACUUUGAAAUAAUUUGAAAUAUUUCAGGUCUAUUAUAUUUCAAAUGUCCAUUUUAAGCGCAAAAUUUGGUGGAGGUGCUUUAUAGGUUUGAUUCACUGUUGUCAGAAGGAAAUCACACUUGUAGAGUGCCUUUCAAUAUGGAGGAGUCUUCCUUUAUUACUUUUGUUAACUGGGACCUCCCCCCCCCCCCGACACAUACACGCAAAAACACAAGGGUGUUUCUAGUAUUAAUCACUAUCCCUUUUUCCCCCCACAUGGCAAUAGUGCUUGUCCCUCAGGUGCUAAACGCAGUGGUCUUGUUUACCCUAUUUUCAAGGACUGUAAAUAGGCUGUAACGUUGGCUAGUCGUGACACCAAACAUUCCUUAAAAUCUAAACGGGGGGGUGUGUGGCGCUGAUGGGUUUUUUUUCAUUAGCAGAGUGCCUUUUAUUUUCUUAAGCUGCUUUUUCAAGGCUUUCCGCUCAGGAAUUAGAUUUGGUUUCUUCUGAUCCCUGGCAUGUGGUAAAACAAAAUGUCUUGUAUGAGGUUGUUUGUAUCAUCCUGCAAAGUGUUACAAGAGAAUUUUGACCACACAUUUGCUGCAUUUCUGUGGUAAAACAUGUGGUGCAGUGGCAGCCUGUUAUCCACCAGUGUGAGAUUACCAUGUGGAUUUGUUUUGGUCCGUUAAGCGGAUAAGAGUGACUUCUUUCCAGCUGAAUAUCAUGAUAGUAUUCCCCUCCCCCCUUCAUCAUCUUGUCCCACCCUUAAUUUUGUAAUUGCCUCAUAUCAAGAAGUAGUCCAUUGCAGCAUAUCAGAGAUCUUGAAAUGCAGAAACACAUCAGAAAAAUGCCCUGAAACAUGUAGUAACUGCAAAACCACAAACUGAACUAAAACUUUUUGGAACAACAUAUUGUUGGGUAAAUAAUGCAUGUGGUGUUUUCUUUCUUUCUUUUUUUUAAAUCACCGUCCCUGAAUUUUGCACUGAGCUUUCAUCUGUAAAGCUACUCUUUUCCCAUUCUGCUGCUUCUCCAGUACCAUUUUGGUUUCCCCUCACGAUGCCAUUCCAGUCUAUUAGGGUUUAGAUAGCAAGCUGGAAUGGUGAGAUGCUACAUACAGGCUAGCCUAUCAGGGUUUAGACACUACAUAGCCAAUUGGAUGUGCUUAUUAUGUGGCGUUGCCACUAGGGCAAACAAGCAGCAUUGCCCUUGCUCACACACAUCCUUUUCCCAUGCUGCACCCUGAUAGUGCUUUCAACUAGACGUGACACGUCAUGUGAAUGCCAGCCAUUAAUAUGGAUGAAGUUUGUUAUGUAACAAGCAGCCCUGGGGGAAACCUGACCUGUCUAAGAAUAAGCGGUUGGGAAAGGGAAGUAUAACGCUUCCUCUCCCUGCCACAAUCCCAGCAAGGCCCCCUACCUCAUGUGGUGCUAUAACAGGCAUCAGUAGGUUAGGAAGUCUGCUUCUGUGUUUCAUGUAAAGGCUGAGGCCUUAAUUAUCUUGUGCUUUCUGCCCUUAAAAGUGAAAGAUUAGCUUGAGUGGUUUUCUAGCAUCUGGAGUAUGUUUCAUAUAGGUUCAACUAAAAUGUUUAAACCAUCUUUUCUAGAGCAGUUCUAAGAAGUAUUUCUGAGGCGGAGGUAUGGCACCUAUUUCAGAAGGUGGGAGAAAUUAAGAGUCUGGUCACCCCUUUCAUUUUAACAUUUUAAACCUUUUUGUCGCGUUUAGUAUAUAGUGUUCAUUGUGUUCUGGAGGGUUCCUUCCUUUUGCUUUUAAUUUGAGCCAUAUGUUUUUAAUACUUUUUUGUCAUUUUGUUUUUAAGAGCAGAAUUUUUGAAGGGCAUCAUGGCAUUUAAGUCAUAUUUUUUGUUUUGUGCUGACUGAAUGGGAGGAAAGGGACUGUGAAUCGUGUGUGUGUUGUGUGUGAGAGAGAUGGCACUUUUGAAGUGUUGUAGGAUGUACAUUUUUUUUUUAGAACUUUUGCAUACAAUAUACCUCAUAAACAUGAUUUAUUGCCGGCUUCCUCAACCUGUUGCUUUCCAGCUGCUUUGCACCACAACAACUACCAUUGGCCCUAGUGGUUGAUGGGAGUUGUAUGCAAGGCCUUCAGGAGGGCAUCAGGUUGAGGAAACCUGAUUUAGCAGAUAAGAGUAAGCUAUAAUGCUGAAAACACAGGAGUGGUUUCUUUUCACCCUCUGAAUCACUUUCUUCCCUUUAUGUGAAGAUCUUGGAAUAAUUUUGCUGUGUGGCAAUUCCAUCCAGUGGUGACUAUGCAAGAGGAGGGGGUAGGUGGAUUCUUCCCUAAAAUGCUUGCAAAGGUGUUGGGCGGCUCUUGUCAGGGGAAGCAGCAGGGACACCACCAGUGUGUAUUUAUAUCUCCAUUUGGGUGCCCAUUAUUGUCUUUUAGAGUACACUGCCCAAAGCAGUUGGGAAGGGAUUAGAGUGUUUCUGAUGCCUGUUGUCAAAAAACUGCUAUCCCCUGCCUGUCAGUAGCAUGGGGCACUGUGGGCGACUAGCACAAGCCGUCAAUUUCCAUGGCAGACAACUAGGUAUUUGCUGGCUAGGAGGGAGCAUCUGAAGGGGAAAGGCGCUUAUGUCUUGCUGCUCUAGAAUGCUUCCUGUAAUCCAGCAUGACUGCUGAAGUGCAAAACUAAGUAUGUGGAAGCUACUGUAGAGGAACACCCAAAGAUCCGUCGUGACUUGUCUCUGAAAAGCUUUUUCUCGUAUGGAAGGGAAAUGGGCAGGAGUUUGGGGCUGCCUGCUCUUUUGGAAAAGCCCUGCUUGAAAUAUUUGAUUUUUCCCUAAAGGACUCUGCUCGGCAGCCUCCAUUUAUUUCAGUAGGACUUGUGCAAUUGUACUUAAGAGGGUUCAGCAGGAAUGUGCCUCUAGCGCUUCAAGCCACUAAAGGUUAAUGGGCUCCUCGUGAUCUAGGGGUCUGGCCCAACCCGAGCAAAAUGUUGCACCCACCUGUCCUCCCUAUCCCAGUGUUGUCUUGGUCCUUCCCCCCCUUUAAACCCCAGAUUUAAAGGAGGGAAAGGCCUUAGGCUGUAUGCCCGAAUUUCAGUUGUGCUGUGCACUGAGAGACCCCACACUUGCUGUUUAUAGAUUGUGGCUGUGGGUUAGCUGGGCUGCAAGUUAAGAUAUAGGGACCUGGAAAAGAACUGUCUGAAGAGGGAGCAGUGGUGUUCAAACCACAGUUCAAAGAUCGGCAGUGACAGCCCAUCUUAUCUGAAGAUCCACUACUGAUCUUACAGGUGAUGUGCAUAUGCAGAGUUGUUUUGUUAUUUUAGGGGGCACUCUUAGUUCACAUGGGGCAAUGGCAAACAGGUGCUGUGCGCUGGAUGGUCCAAGCGCGCAUCCAUGCAUUAAAAUGUGCUGUAAGAUCCUCUGAGAGGCUCAGCGGGAUUGCUCAGCAGACCUGUUGGCGUGGAGUGUGUUUCUUAAUAGGUAGGAUGCUUGCAAACCACUGACUUGCACCGAUUUUGACAGAACCACACCACUGUGGCUGGUUUGUGAAUUGUCCCCUGUGUGUAUAGUAGGGGGAAGAGAGAACUUUCCACGUGGCUGUGUGGUCUCCUUUAGGCCUUCAUUGUGAAUGUGAAAUCUCCUGCAGUGAGAUGAAGCAUAGACUCGAAGGAAGUAAGGAUGGGGAGUUGUGUUGGGUGGGAGCAUAAAUGGGGUUAGGGGAGGGACUUUGUAAGUAAAGCCGUUACUUGUAUGAUAUAUGCUGUGUUUUUAUAGUUCAGUACAUUAUGAUGGUUUUUAUUAAAAGUGUACAUAGCAUAUUAAAUGGCUAAUGUGUAAUAGAUGUGAAGCUAAUCUCAAUACUUUUUAAAAUAUUAAAUGAGCAUUAUAAUAUUGAACUGACUGGAAGACUGAACCAUUGCCUGUGUUUUAAUUCCUAUGCAACCAGUUUGCCCUAACUUAGCCUUGCUUCCUAUCUCUGUACUUUGGAUUGCUGAAUUUGGUGAUUUGAAGCCAAAACAGCUCAGGUAUUGUUGUGUCUCUUAGGCAAACCUAUGUGAUGUAUGCAAAUGAAUGUACUUAUGUUGUGCAUAUUUAAAUCUCGGGGAUGUCUUUUUGAGACUACUUUCAAUCUCACACAGUGCCCUUGGAAUUUAGAAACGUUGCGCACUAGUGAAAGGAGGGCGUGCUUACUUUGGGAAAGCUGCAAAAUUUGAAGUGCAUGAGUGAAAACCCAGCCAUCCUGUGAUAAAAGUGCAUCCAUUCCAAAGCAAAUAAACCUCCUUGGGGUUAGGGGGACUUUGUAGUAAUGAACAUCUUGAGUAUUUGCGCAAAGCAAGCCUGGGAAAGGGCAAUAUUUCCUCCCCUAAACAUCCAAAUGAUAGAAACAGUACUUCAGCAGCUAAAUAUUUAGCCUUGGUGAAAUUUCCCAAGUAGGCAACUUUAGUGGAGGAUAAUAUUGUGGAACACAACUGGGGAGGAGGGAGUGGCAAAGUUUAAGUGAUAUAGUAUUGAUAUACUGACUUUAGCAUGAACAUAAAUGGCAAUGUACUGCUUAUGCCUGUAAUAUGCAUGUAUUAAGAAUUCGGCAGAAUACUGUCAUGGAGUUAAAUAAAUGUGUAUUUUCUUA